GUUACCCAGGCCCCAAACCUGACAUUUUAUACCGGGUGGAGCGCGGGGAAGAGCCAUGGGUGUGCACGCCGCAGAGCCCAGUGAGGUGGGAUGGACCCGACAGCCCUCCUCCAGCUCCGCAGAGACGCUGCCAAUCUGCUGCUGCUCGUCCCGCUCGUCCCACGGAGAAUCCUCCCCGCCUUCAGUCACUCGUCAGCAGGGCUCUGGUUUUCUGGCUGCUGGCGGCGGACAGGGCUUCCUCCGGCCCUGUGGCUGUGGAGCAGAAGGGCUUCCCCCACCAGGAAGGAGGACGGUGCGUGCCGUGGCGUCUCCGGUCUAGCAGACUGCUGAACAAGUUCAAAUGUCUCGGGGGAAGGAACAAGUCGCCAUCAGAGGCGGCCGGCAGAGGAGUGGGACCGGUGGAAAGCCAAGACCGGGCACGGAUGGUCUUCUGGCCUGGGAAGGAAGGAGAAGUAGAGGAUAAACAAGGGGUCACGGCAAACGUAGCCCAAAGCAGAGGAUUCCCACUUCAUCCAGUGAUGGAAAAACAGAACAAAAAGGCAGAUCCUCAGGAGUGUCUGCAUGGUGACCCUACGGAGAGGUUUCAAAGGAGUGCCCAAAAAAGUCAAUGCAGCUUGGGAGAAGUGACGUUUCUCCAGGGAGAUAGGGAACUGUCUGUCGAGGAUCUGAAUGAGACUAUUUUGAAAGACCACUGUUACUGUGUGAUGAGUGAGACGUGGCUCUUGCGUUGCACCCCACGUCCGUGUCCUCUGAGAGAACACGACUACUGCAGGAACCGCAAGGUUGGUGUCUCAGUACUUAAGGAUCACGAAUACUGUCACGUGCAAAGGAUUCGUUAUCAGGGCAGAGUUCAUAAAAUUAGUCGUCUUACUGGUAGGGCUCGGGCCGUGCUUCACAGGCUAGCAAAGCGAAAAUCCCAAAUCAGGCGAAUCCUCAGGAAAGCCAAGCGAAUUAUGUGGCAUUACAAGCCUUGCGUCAACAAGAGGUUGGAGUUUCCUCAGAGUUCCUCAAGCAUCGGUUGUCUUUCUGAACCUGCUGUCCCUCCUGCUAAGGCAGAAGACGACCCCACGAAGGGGACAUGCGGGGCGUUUUGUUCUCCUGCAAAGCAGGAGGCUCUGCGCCCCCAGCCUCAGAGCGAGGGUGGGUCCCACGGGGGGACAUCAGAAGCACUUCGCGCCCCUGUGGUGUCUUUCGAACCCAGGGCUGCACCCCCACCCUCAAAUGCAGUUGCAGAGCUGACGAGGGAAGCGACGCACCCCAAGGCGUCCGUGCACUGCGAGGCGCAGAGGGCACAGCUGAUCCGGAGCCCUGACGUUCAGCAAAAUGUUGAAGGACGUGAACUCGUUAAUCCAAAUUAUGUAUCGCUGCGUGAUGCGUACAAAAUGGUGAUGCGGACUGUUGACCACAUGUUGGACUCCGUAUGCCAGAACUUUGAGCUUGGUGGCUACUCUCAGUGCAAGGAUCUCUGGCCCGUCGUCAUUCAGAUAGACAGCUGA